AUGCAGAGUGGCGUGGCGCUUAAUGAGGAACCCAGGUAAGGGACCCCUCCCCCCUCAUGCUGCUGCCCACCCCCACAGUGCCACAGAGGCAGGGCUCUUUGCCCACUCUCGGACCACUGCUAGGCAUUCUGGCACCAUGGGGGUGAGGGAGGGAGGGAGGGUGGGGUGUGUGGUGAGGGAGGGGGUGAGAGAUGGGGGUGGGGGGCUAUGUAAAAGUUCUGGAUCACAUGUGGACUAUAGUAUGGCCUGUUUGGCCAUUUCUGUGUUUGCGUGCAUGUGAGCGUGCACGUGCGUAUGUGUCUGAGUAUGGGGUCCCAUUGUUGCAGUUCUUGGGUAACCUGAUGACUAGGCUCUUCUAGAACACAUGCUGAUAUUGUGAGCCCAAUGGGCUACUGUGGCCUACCUAUCUGGAUUGGUCCUUUAAAGAAUGGAAAUAUGACAGGUCUGUGAGAAUUGUCACUCAGAAAGAUUUACUCUGUCGGGGACAUACUUUGAUUCACUUAUGACUUCUUAAUACCUGAGCUAGCUGAACAUGUUAUGACUUUAUAAUUCACCUGCCAGUGGAUUACUUCAACAGGUUUGGCCAUGACAUUAAUGCCUCAUUUGAAACAGUACGUGCUCAAUGGUCUCUGAGUAAGUGGUUCAGGGUGUUUUCAAUUCUCAUGGAUUCUGUGUGUUUGGAUGACUUUUUGGCAUACCUGAUGUUGAAGUCAGCAGAAUGUUUUAAGAAAUGUUAGCUUGUCUAAUGUUGAGGUAAUCAAAGGAGUUGUGUCAAGUUAGCCUUUUCUCAAGGAAGCGGGGCAUUAUCUGGACUACCUGCUUCCACAGAAAUAGCCUAGAGUAAGGAUAGAGUUUUACGGAUGUCUCGCUUUUAUACCAAGGUCUCACACUCAUAUUUAAAAAUCCUCCCCCCUUGGUUUGAUGUUGAAUACAGUGAGGGUCAAUAAUUAAUGUAGCUUUUUUUUUCCAGUAGCAUGUGCGUGUUAUGUCUAAUGACUUUAAAAGUGGCAUGCAUUUUGUUUAAGAAUGCCCUGUGUUAUGUGGGUGCUGUUUUAAGGCGUAUUGUCCUAUCUAAGGCUUAAAAAUAACUACCUUUUAAGAUUCACCCUUUGAAAGUGAAACAAUUUUCUUUGCAGAGGAAUUUUGUUGUUGAGUUUACCAGAGGUUAUAGAUGUAGGUCUAUCCAAACAAGUUGGUCUGUUGGUGCCAGUAAUACAAACAUAAGUCAGUCACUAUCAACUGGGUUCAAAUACAUUUGAUGUAACUUUACCUGAAACAUUUAUCCAGGUAUCACUGGCUACCUAUAUGUGAGCGUAUGUGUUGUCUUUGAAUACAUUAUUAUGAUUAUUUUUAUCCCUAUGUCUUGCUCAGUAAGAAGAAUAAGGAUGGCAAGACGCGGGAGCAGGACUACUCUUCUGAAAGCCAUUACAGAAUCGUUUCACCAACAUUCCAGUAUAAGAUGAGCCACCAGCGAGUGGGCAAGUGCAUCAUAAUCAACAACAAGAACUUUGAUGAAAAGACGGGUAUGGCAUCACUUUUUAUAUUGACUUGGAUACAUGGUUGUCUAACACUACUAUAUUAUCCACACUGCUUUAUUAAACUUAUACAACACUAAUACAUUUAUGUAACACAGUUACUCUUUAUGAGAUUGUUCAUUUCUCCAGACUGCGACCCUUUGACUUUGAAUUGGUCGCACCGGUGCGAGCUCCACAUUCUACCUGGUCACCUCAAUCAAAACAUCCUAUUUUUUGUGCGGAUAAAACUAUGAUUUGGUCAAACAGUAAGGUGCAUUAUUGUCAUGAUUCUGUAAUGAAAGUGUCUGCCCUGCCACUGUGCCUGUUUCGCUGUGGCCGGCUGCUGUAAUGAGCAAGCCUCGCACAUUCUCUCUCUCUCUCCCCCCUUGUGCACCCCGAAAAAUGCAAUCUGAUUGUGUAACAUUUCGAAAUGCAAUUGCGGGAAAAAACACAACUUUGGAAGCAACUACCUGUUAAAGAGAGGAGGGUCUCAGCUUUCUGUUUGUAGAAUUUGUAUUUCAUAACUCUUAAUAUUGAGCUCAAAGCACACUGUUUUACAAUCGAGAUAUCUGAUAUGGCUUUGAAAGACAGAGCACGCGUAAUGUGCAUUAGCCAUCGUGACUGCACUAAUCCUCAUUGGGUAGUAGGCCUACUGCUGAUGCAAAGUUUUUUUUACGACAUUACAUUUACUCUUACAUGGCUACUAACAGUAGUUGUUAUUUUUAGAGGUUAGCGAUCAAGCUGUGUUUUGAGUUUCCACUUCUUUAGGUGGUGAAUUAGUACCAAUUAUAUUAGGCAUAUGUAAUAUUAGUGCACAUAAAGAUGAAGGCAAAUACAUCUCUGUUGAACAAAACAUUCUGAAACCCUAUUUUGACAGUAAAAUAUGUUUUUUAAAUUAUACAGAAUUGUCAACAUGAAAUUCAUGACAGUCACUGGAUUAGGUUGCAUAUCAAAAUAUCUUGAAUCAUGCAUUCCUGCUUGAACAUGUUAGAUGUAAGAACUUAUUUAUUGAAUACCAUCUCAGUAGUCUAUUACACAACUUGAAAUACUUUAUAAUGACUUUAAAAGGCGAUUACUCCUAUUGUUUCUAUUGCGUGACGCUGCGAUUUUGUUUAUUUUUGGGUGCAACCAAAUUAUGGGCUCGUGCCACCAACUGAAAAAGUUAGUGGCACACGUUAGUCUGGAGCCCUGCCAUUUGAUAUAACUUGUUUUUAGUGGCCUAUUGUAUAACACUGUGUAAGCGAUAUACUGUACAUGUGGAGUACAGUGAAUGCUGUUCAUAUUGUCUGUUAGGGAUGAAUGUACGCAAUGGCACGGAUCGAGACGCAGGUGAAUUGUUUAAGUGCUUUAAGAGCCUGGGCUUUGACGUCUGCAUCUACAAUGACCAGACGUGUGAGAAGAUGGAGCGUCUUCUCCGAGAGGGUGAGUAACACACUGAGUAGAUAUUGUCCGUAGGCCUUACAUCAGUAACUAUUCUAGGGGCUACUUCAGUGAGAGUAACCUGUCUCACUAAUCGCCCCCCCACUGCUGUUCCAGUGCAUACAUUUUCAAACAGGGGGCACCAACACUGUCUAUCACUUUCUCUUUUAGUGCUGUUUAGGACUGACCCAAUUUAGUCGACUGGUCGAUUGUUUGGUCGAUAGGCUGUUGGUCGACCGAGAUUUCUUAAGUCGAGCAGUAGCAAAAAAAUAUAUAAUAUAAUAAAUGGUGUAGAAGACACCUGUCUGAUUCGCGCCUGUCUGAGUGGACUGAUCUGUUAUGGAGGCCGUGGGGAUGGCACAGUCUAUCAGUCUAAAACAUGUGCUACUGAAAUUGUAUAUGGUUAUAUUAUGUAAGAACAAUGGUGCAAAACAAAUGUAAAUAAUAUUAUUGUAUAACAAAUGCGCUUUCUCCCGCGUUGGAUAGUGGUCGGUUCUGAAACACAUCAGUGCGCUGUUGAAUUGGCCGCCUUUUCCUAGACCAUGUUGCUAUGUGCAUAAUAGCAAAGUUAACCAGUUGAGAACAAUGCGGCGGAGGCAGCAGUGGAGUUAGGAGACGAGAAAACAGCCCUUGCCUUAAUUGUCUAACAAAAGUGAGGAGAGAGGAAACCGCAACUUGAUUAGGUCUAUAAUCAAUAGCCUAACUGUUAAAUGUGCCUGGCUUUAUAAAUCAUCAAUAUAUCUACAGAAAUAAGACAGAUCCUGCUUCUGUUGCCUGUUUGAGUGUUUGUUUAAUAGCCUACUGAGUCUGUGAGCACCAAGCCUCAUGCAUCCACAUGUCGGAUAAACAAUUUCCCAAAUCCGGCUGUUUUUAAUCUUUGCUAUGCUGUAAUAAAGACUUUACACUUUUUUUUUCGUUCAAACAGCCUCUCGUAUUACUUCUUUAAUUUAUUUACUGUUGUUUACAUUUUGAAAUUGUCCGUAAACAUUUUACCCUCCUUUUUCUUGAUCUCCUUCAUAUUGUUAUUAUUACGAUUAUUAUGAUCAUCAUUAUAAUAAUAUGUAAUGUCAUUAUCAUUAGUAGGCUUAGUAUAGCAGCCUUGGAUAACCACCAUCGAGCUGUAGGCCUAAGAGUACAUCCUGUUUAGUCUUAAUACUGUAACUUACUUAGGCCUAUAUUUCAAUACUUAUAUAGGCUACUGUUUCAAUCAAUCAUUUAUUUGUUCAUGUCAUCACACAGCAUACGAUUAAUUCAUGAUUUGAAAUGCAAUCAAGCAUUUUAGUUUUAAAAUAAAAUAAAGCGACUAUUGAAUAAUUAGCGUAAACAAUAAAUAGGCCUAAACCAUUCCAUUUCGGAAAUUGCAUUCACAAAUGAAUGCGACUGUUUUUAGUCUUUGCUGUAAAAACUUUACAACAGACUCUCUGGUACGCUUAAAAUUUAUUUAGUGUUUAAAUGUUCCAAACGGUAGAACAAUUAUAUUGUAAUCUAACAGCACCUGUUUGGCACACAUAAUAUGCACACAGCGCUUGCUCCUUACCUUCUUUUUCUUGAUUUCCAGUAUUUUCCACAACUAGUCACAUUUAUUCUACACAUCAGACUUCCCCUUUUACCUCCUGAGCAACCAGUAAACAUUCCCCCGUUUCGAGUUUAUUUGUCACAUCCUCUGCAUCCAUUUUGCUGUCACAUGUGUUACCAAUUUAUUGAUGUGAUUAGGAUAUGCUAUAGGUCAGGCCCUAUUGGUCACGUGCAUGCAUUUUUUACAUUUACAUUUUAGUCAUUUAGCAGACGCUCUUAUCCAGAGCGACUUACAGGAGCAAUUAGGGUUAAGUGCCUUGCUCAAGGGCACAUUAACGUCAUUUAGCAGACGCUCUUAGCCAGAGCGACUCACAAAUUGGUGCGUUCACCCUAUAGCCAGUGGGAUAACCACUUUACAAUUUUGGGGGGGGGGGGGUAGAAGGAUUACUUUAUCCUAUUCCAGGUAUUCCUUAAAGAGGUGGGGUUUCAAAUGUCUCCGGAAGGUGGUGAGUGACUCCGCUGUCCUGGCGUCGUGAGGGAGCUUGUUCCACCAUUGGGGUGCCAGAGCAGCGAACAGUUUUGACUGGGCUGAGCGGGAACUAUGCUUCCGCAGAGGAAGGGGAGCCAGCAGGCCAGAGGUGGAUGAACGCAAUGCCCUCGUUUGGGUGUAGGGACUGAUCAGAGCCCGAAGGUACAGAGGUGCCGUUCCCCUCACUGCUCCAUAGGCAAGCACCAUGGUCUUGUAGCGGAUGCGAGCUUCAACUGGAAGCCAGUGGAGUGUGCGGAGGAGGGGGGUGACGUGAGAGAACUUGGGAAGGUUGAACACCAGACGGGCUGCGGCAUUCUGGAUGAGUUGUAGGGGUUUAAUGGCACAGGCAGGGAGGCCAGCCAACAGCGAGUUGCAGUAGUCCAGACGGGAGAUGACAAGUGCCUGGAUUAGGACCUGUGCCGCUUCCUGUGUAAGGCAGGGUCGUACUCUCCGAAUGUUGUAGAGCAUGAACCUGCAGGAGCGGGUCACCGCCUUGAUGUUGGCGGAGAACGACAGGGUGUUGUCCAGGGUCACGCCUAGGCUCUUCGCACUCUGGGAGGAGGACACAGCGGAGUUGUCAACCGUGAUGGCGAGAUCAUGGAACGGGCAGUCCUUCCCCGGGAGGAAGAGCAGCUCCGUCUUGCCAGGGUUCAGCUUGAGGUGGUGAUCCGUCAUCCAUACUGAUAUGUCUGCCAGACAUGCAGAGAUGCGAUUCGCCACCUGGUUAUCAGAAGGGGGAAAUGCGAUGCAUACAUGUGUCAUGUAAAGAGAGCAAGGGUUGAGGGAAUAGGGAAUGUUUUUCCUAAACAAAUUAGGGAUUUCGGUAACAUCACUUUUCAGUCAGAAAUGGCUGUAAUUAUGUCGGAACAUCAGCAACAUGGACAGCGCGAUACACACUGAUGUUCUGUGGUGGUCGCUACAGCAGGGAGGAGAGACAACAGGUGCUAGUCACACAGUCACUCGCUGUCUUUUUUUUUUAACACAGCGCUGCAAGUCUGAGCCAGGCCCGGCACAAUCAAAUCAAUUGCGGUCGGACUCCCUCUAGUCAUUUGUGUGUCUUAAUUAUUUCAUCAAACAGUUCGCUUAAAGCAUCAGACAAGCUCAGUGCAUAUAGUUGAUUUGAUUAAAACACAUAGGAUGUGUCUAUAUAUGGAAAAAUACACGUUUAAAAAUUUAGACCAGUCGAUUGGUCGAAAGAACAGUCAAGUCUUGGUCGACCAAAAUUUUUUUUAGUUGGGGACAGCCAUAGUGCUAUUGCUUAGAUCCCCUUGUUUACCCUCGGCUGUAUAUCGUAGUAGCUAUUUUGCCUUUUUUGCAACCUUUUACUUACUUUUUAUUGACAUCCCACAUAAAUAUGGGUUACAAUAAAUAGGAAACUGGGAAUGGCAAUGCAUUAAAACGUUUAUUUAAGCCUAUGUCAAUUGCAAUUUUAAAAGUGUGUGUGUGUGUGUGUCUUAGCCUCAGAGGAGGACCACAGCGACAGCUCCUGCUUUGCCUGCAUCCUGCUGAGUCACGGUGAGGAGGGUAUGAUCUAUGGCACUGACGGAGCCAUGCCCAUCAAGAGCAUGACCUCACUCUUCAGGGGUGACAUGUGCAAGAGUCUAGUGGGCAAGCCCAAACUCUUCUUCAUCCAGGUGAGGGCCAGAGCCUACACUGGGCUGGACAGCUUCACAAAACCCAGGCUUUUGUUCUAGCUAGGCUUGAUUGAAGCAAUUAUUGUUGAGCUUAGCUUCCUAACCUUAUAGAAGAGGUAGAUGAUUAAUCAUGGUUAAAUAUUGUCAGUUGGCACCUGGUUGGAACCAGAACGUGAAAGUUUGUCUAACUCUUUUUCAUAUGUUUUGAGAUUUUAACAUUUUUUGAUUUGAGGUGAAGAGUAUUAGGUCCUAGUGCAAACUAGAUAGUUUAAACAAUAUCUGUAAGUGAGCUGUGUAUUUAUGCUAGUGCUUUUGAAGUAAAAGGACUUGUAAAUAAUUAAUGGUGUUCCACAAGGCUGGAUUCCGGGCCCUCUUCUUUUUAGAAAUGUAUAUAGAUUAUGGUUACGGGUAUCCCAUUUAUAUGCAAGGUGACUGUUGUUUUUCUUGAUGGACAGAUAACUAGCUAUACAGCCAUAUUUGUAGAACUUAAUAAGACAUACUGCCCUAUUCACCAGGUUGUCCUUGAAAAAGAUAUUCCUGAUCAACUUUCAUUUGAUUCACCAGGCUUGUCGGGGCUCUGAGUUUGAUGAUGGCAUACAGACGGAUUCCGGGCCCCCCAAUGAUACCCUGGAAACGGAUGCAAAUCCAAGGCACAAGAUUCCUGUUGAGGCAGAUUUCCUUUUUGCCUACUCCACCGUGCCAGGUAACCCACAGCAUUCCCGUACAUUUCCAGCUAAACUAGUCCGCCCGCUCCUAAAUGUUCCUUGCACCGAUAGUAUGACAGAAAUCCCACAGCCACCAGGUCUGCCUCACACCCUCCCAGGUUGUUCCAAUCAACCAUGGUAGCUGGUAAUGCCCAUCCACUAUCCAGUUGUUUUCAUAGUGUGUUUGUUACUGUGUGAGAGAAUCUGUCUGUGUGCUUGUAAAGUGUGUGUGUGUGUCAGUGGCAAUUGGAGAGAGUGACACGGCUGCUCUUACAGGGUACUAUUCGUGGAGGAACCCUGGGCGUGGCUCCUGGUUUGUCCAGGCACUCUGCAACGUCCUCAAUGAGUUUGGCAAGCAGCUGGAGAUCAUGCAGAUCCUCACACGUGUCAACUACAUGGUGGCCACCAGCUUCGAGUCCUGGUCCGAGGACCCACGUUUCAGCGAGAAGAAGCAGAUCCCCUGCGUGGUCUCCAUGCUGACCAAGGAGCUGUAUUUUAACUGACCGCCAUUGACCACUGACAGACUGACGAGACUGACGAGACUAACUAAACCACGCACUAACCGAGCGGUCGAAAAAUUCAGGGUUGAUCCAGGCCCAGCAGGACGCUGCGCGGUUUGGGUGAGAACGCCGUUUUGCACGUGUAGUGUAGCUGGGCACAAAACAAGCUCUCCAAAUGAAUUUCUACAGUGGCACGCUGCGUUCAUGUGUUGGUGGUGAUACUUGCCUCUUCUUCAGGUUAUUCCUAGGAAUAAUGAUGUCACAUUUGAUCUGGUUUUUGUCAACAGGCAGUGUGAAAUAUCCAUGUUAUUUUACUGACCCGGGAAAUUUGCCACCAUUUUUGUAGGGUUGUUAAAGGGUUAGGAAUGAGUUAUAUCUGAAAUCUGUUAUCUGAAAAUUGUCUUGUUCAUUUUCCAGCCAAAUGUGGACAUGCGUACAAGCAUUUGAUUGGUUGGCCAAUAUCCUAGCGAACAUUAUUUGUGCCUCAGGGCAUUUCCUUUAGGUUUGGGGGGAAGGGGGCAUUUCUUGAAAUGAAGAGGUAGAUUUCCAGAGACAUCGUACUACAUACUAUUUAGAAUGUACUGUUCAGUAAAAACAAAUGCAGUAAGCAACACAUAUCAGCAUACUAGGCUCAUCCUACUGAGAAUGCGUAAUCUAAUGCGCAAUUGCGUUGAUUCCUGCCAUUCGUUCACUUUGGUACAGCGCGUCUCCUCAGCUGUUGUCAAACACACGUGGGUCUCGAAAGACAAUUCUCUUCCUAAAUAGUGUGCAGCAAAUUCUACUAGAUGAAAAGCCUAAAUAAGUAUGACAUCCUAGCAUUUAAAGCAUACUCAAUUAGCUGAAUUUCACAUAAUAUAAAACUUUCGCAUACCCAAAAUGCCUUAUAUUUAGAACGCAAGUAUGGGUAAUUGGACACGGCCACUGUGAGAACGUUUAUGAAACAUCGUACUUGAACGUUCUUCUAAAAUGUUCUACAAGUGUUUGGGGAUUAUUCGCUUAUGAUGUUAUACAACCACACGGAAACCAGAUAAAACAUUCCCUUAUGCUGUAAGGAUCCUGGUUGGUUGGGAGAGCCAUGUCUCAUUAAGUCAAAAUGCUGUGACGUGUAAGGACGUCAGACUAUUAGAGGGGACUUGCUUAUUGCAGUAGCAUAUUAGUUGUCUCAGGAUGUAGGCUACACUGGUCAGUGCAAAGCACCUUACCUUAUGAAAGAUCACGGCAAUAUGCUGAAUUUCAACUGAAUCAGAAGGAUAGCGGCUGGAAAAUGUAUCAUUUAAUUUUUGGCUAUUUGUCUUAAUGUUUUUAUAAUAUCAUUAAUCCUCAAAAGGGAUUAGGUCUCACUCAAAGAGCAAUCACUUGUCAUAUGAUCCCAUGUAACAGCGGCACAAAGUCAAGUAUGAAUAAUUCGACUAUUGAUACCAAAAAUGCACUCCCAGCAGUGACUGUUAAAGAUUACAUGUUACUGUCAUCCUCAGGUUUCUUUGUGAGUGAGAUUUAUUCUUUGUGGAUUUCUUGAGUUUCACUGGCACAAUUGUCAGGAAAGAGUGCUAAUCUGUUGCAUGAAAAAAAAAAAAACCUU